UUUUUAACCAAUUAAAUCGGAGUCUUGUGAGGUCUGAAAUGUGCGUGAUUAAUCAGUCUUGUGGCGGCAACUUUAGUUUAACCCAAGUCCAAUUCGGAUCGCGUAAUUGACAAGCUCGUAAUCCGAGUCGGAUUCGAUGGCUUUUUUUGCAGAAGGGGUAUAAACAGAGGAGAAGCUCGACGUCGCCAUCGAUGGCCGCGGUGGUGCAGACGAAGCAGCUCAACAAACAGACCAACCCUUCUCCAUCGCCCUACUAGAAGCGUGAAGAGCUCGGCCUCGCCGGCGACUGCGAGCGACAUGGCGGCGGCGGCGGCGGCGGGGAGGAGGAGGUUCUUUCCGCCGGUGACGGCGUACGACGCGGCGGCGGGCGCGAGGCGGACGGUGGCGGCGGACCUCGACGGGACGCUGCUGGUGUCGUCGUCGGCGUUCCCGUACUACUUCCUUGUGGCUCUCGAGGCCGGCAGCUACCUCCGCGCGCUGGCGCUGCUGCUCGCCGCGCCGUGGCUCCUCGCGCUCUACGUCGGCGUCUCCGAGGCCGCCGCCAUCGCCCUGCUCGUGUUCAUCACGUUCGCCGGGCUGCGCGUCCGCGACGUCGAGGCCGUGGCGCGCGCCGUGCUGCCGCGCCACUACGCCGCCGGGGUGCGCGCCGACACGUGGGCGGUGUUCCACGGCUGCGCCGAGCGCCGCGUCGUGGUCACCGCGUCGCCGGCCGUCAUGGUGGGGGAGUUCGUGCGCGAGUUCCUCGGCGCCGAGGUGGCCGGCACCGAGCUCGAGACGUUCGCCUCCGGCAAGCGGUUCACCGGCCGCAUCAAGGCCGUCCUCGUCGGCGAGAAGAAGCGCGAGGUCGUCGAGAGGCUCUUCGCCGGCGGCGACAUGCCCGACGUCGGCCUCGGCGACCGCGAGAGCGACCACGACUUCAUGGCCAUCUGCAAGGAAGCCUACAUGGUGCCCAAGAACAAGCGCGCGCCGCGCGCCGCCGCCGACGAGCUGCUGUCGCGCGCCAUCUUCCACGACGGCCGCCUCGUCCGCCGCCCGGAGCCAGCGAGCGCGCUGUUCGCGCUGGCCUACCUCCCCGUGGGCUUCGCCGUGGCGCUCCUCCGCGUGUUCCUCAACCUCCCCGUCCCGGCGCGCCUCGUCCGCCACACCUACCGCCUCACCGGCAUCCGCCUCGCCGUGCGCGGGGCGCCGCCGCCGCCGCCGCGCCCGGGGACGCCGGGCUCCCUCCUGGUGUGCAACCACCGCACCGCGCUGGACCCCAUCAUCGUGUCCAUCGCGCUGGGCCGCCCCGUGACGUGCGUGACGUACAGCGUUAGCCGGCUGUCGACGGCGAUCUCGCCGAUCCGCGCGGCGGCGCUGACGCGGGACCGCGCGGCGGACGCGGCGCGCAUCGCGGCGCUGCUGGAGGAGGGGGACGUGGUGGUGUGCCCGGAGGGGACGACGUGCCGGGAGCCGUACCUGCUGCGGUUCUCGGCGCUGUUCGCGGAGCUGACGGCGAGGAUCGUGCCGGUGGCGGUGGAGGCGAGGCAGGGGACGUACUAUGGGUCGACGGCGAGGGGGUGGAAGUUCCUGGACCCUUACUUCUUCUACAUGAACCCGCGGCCGGGGUACGAGGUGACGUUCCUGCCGGCGCUGAGGCCGGAGGAGACGUGCGUCGCCGGCGGGAGGAGCGCGGUGGAGGUGGCGAACCACGUGCAGAGGGUGAUCGCCAAGGAGCUAGGGUUCCAAUGCACCACGCUCACCAGGAAGGACAAGUACAUGAAGCUCGCCGGCAACGACGGCCGGGUCGCCGCCGCCGCCGACAAGCCCAAGGCCAAUUGAUUAGUCCAUCCAUCUUUCUAAAGAUGGCAGGCCACCUACCAGCUGAUUAGGCCACUUGGCGCCCCUAAGUUGGUAUAUAAAUCUAAUGUCAUUUGAGAAAAAGAAAAGAGAAAAAAAAGCGGCUGUCAUACAACGGAAUCCCGUUUUCGAAUGGGAUGAUACCGGUUAGUUAUCAGGUUUUGAUACUUAACCUGUAUUAUGCGUUUCUACCACGUAUCAGGUAAUACUUGCGAGGUAUUAGAUGAUAUCUAUCAGGUAUCAUACGAUUCUUA